GAUGAUGUCAACAUCAGAAACAGCUGUUAUGUAUAAACGUCAAACAAACCUUUUAAAAAUUUUAUUGAUUGUGCCCAUUUUAGGAAUAUAUAAUAAUGUCGGUAAAUGAAAGAGUCCAUGAAGAAAUAGAAGCAUUAGAAGCAAUUUUAAUGGAUGAUAUAUCAAUUAUUUACGACUCACAAGGUCGUCCAGAACUAAUUAAAUCCACUAUAUUCCCUUCAACUGCAAACGAAGUAAACAAACAGUAUGUUUGCGUGACGCUCGAAGUAAAUCUUCCCGAAGAAUAUCCUGAUUGUGAACCAAACGUUAAACUUAGAAGUCCUCGCGGUUUAGACGACUCAACAAUUAAUGAUAUUUACAAAGCUAUCGCUGAGAAAUGUAAGGAAUAUCUUGGUCAACCAGUUAUAUUUGAAUUGAUUGAGCUCAUCAGGGAAAGCUUGACUGAAAGUAACUUGCCAACCUGUCAGUGUGCGGUUUGUUUGUAUGGUUUUGUUGAAGGAGACAAUUUUACAAAAACUGAAUGCUUUCACUACUUUCAUUCCUAUUGUUUAUAUAAUCACGUCAUUACAACUAAGAGACAUUAUCAAGAAGAGCAAGACAAGUUACCAGCUUGGCAAAAAUGCACUAAAGGAUUUCAGGCAAGCUGUCCAGUUUGUAGGGAAUCAAUAAACUGUGAUGUUGAAGAACUGAAGACAGCUCUUCCUCCUAAAGAUUUAGAAAACGCUCAAAAUUUCCAAGUUACCAGUGAUCUAAAAAUAUUACAAGAAAGUAUGCGGCAAUUAUUUUCUUACCAAAAAAGCAAGGGCGGUAUCAUUGACAUUGAAGCAGAAGAGAACAAGUUGUUGUUGAUUACCGAUUCUGGUGAAGAUGGAUCCGGUGAUACUACUGAGGACCCAGGACCUAGUGAUGGCGUUUUGGAGCCAGAUGUAAUCCAAAGGGGUCAAAGAUAUGAGUGCAGAAUGAAUUCUGUUUUCAGUAACAGAUGACUAAGGCGCCCAUUCAACUACCGGUUUUCGCAUAAUCUAAAUGUCAUUCUCCAAUAUUUAUCUAAUCAUAGAUGUGUUUUAUAGAAUCGAUUAGUCUCGGACUUUUAUUUAUUUAUUGUUUGUUUUUUAAUUUUAAUAUUACUUUUAGUAAAUAUGUUGAAAACUAAAA